AAUUUUAUUUUAUACUCAAAUGUGCGCAUCAGAUGAUACAUGUUUACUUUCAAAAUUAAAUUGAAGUUCUAAAUUAUGCUACAACAUUAACAUCGUUAAUGUGAUGCAAUAACUGUAACAGCUUUUCGUGAAUAAUUAGGUUACUAUUACUUAAGGAUUUAGAAACAUUGUUCAAUACUUAGUUGUUAUGCAAAUGAUAAUAGUUUUUAUCUAUAUAAACUAUUUAAGUAAUUUAAGGAUUAAUUUUCAUUAAAGUCAUUUUCUAAUAAACAUAUUAUUUAUUUACAAUUUUUGUUGUUUGUUAAUGCGCUGCUUUCUUUGAAAAUGGUGUCAGUUUUAUCUCCCCAAAAUGAUGCUUGAAGUGACAGAAAUGGAUGAUGAACAAUUAUAUAUUGAUUUGAGGGUACAAACUCCUAUAAAAGAAGCUGGCAAUUAUGUUAGUUAUGAAAUUGCCUUAGAAACCAAUGAUCCUUCCUUUUCAUUUCAAAAAAGUACUACACGUAGGAGAUACUCUGAAUUUGUUUUGUUAAGAAAGCUUCUAAGAAAGCAGUUUCCACCACAUAAGCUUCCACUUUUACCACCUAAAGAUCUGUUUAAAGAUACCUUUGAUCUGAAACUCAUAAAAGAUAGACAAGAAGCUUUGCAAGAAUUUCUUAGAAAAUUAGUGGCUGAUAGAUUGUACUUAUCUAGUAAAGCUCUGCAUUUAUUCUUGCAAAGUACUUUUUCUUUGUCUAAAAUAAAAGACAUAAUUGAAGGUAAAGCUACAGUUAGUGAGAUACAGACUUCUUUGUCAGACUUUUAUAAUAGUUUUCCUCCAACAGAAGAGGAUGGUUCUAACAGCCAUUGCUCUAGUGACUGUUUCUCAGAUGAAAGUAGUUCAAGUGCUUGUGCAAUAAUUAAACCAUCUUCCGAGUCAAAUAUGAACUCUUCUUUAGAUCAUAAAAAAGUGAGUUUCUGUGAACAAGUUACUGUGGCUGAAGUUCAUACUCCAUGAAAUUGUGUUCCCGUAACUAUAUUGUGUAUAUUAUGACAUAAAUACUUUGUAUAUGAAUUUUAUUAAUAUUACCUCCAGGGUAUUCUGUAUACCCUUGUACAAAUUAUCAUUUUUAAUUAUUUAUUUUCAUUCUUCAUGGUGAAUUAUAUUUUUGACGCUAACUUUAUCUGCUUUUGUCAAUUAAGCUUUGAUUUAAGAUAUCUUUAUCCCUGUUAAUUAAUAAAAAUGAAUUAUUUUCUUUUCAAAACUGGUUAAGUAUUAAAUAAACUUC